UGUGAAAAAUUCUAUUUGCUAGAACAUGUUGUUUUCGACAUUGAAUUAGAUUUUUAUUCUAGAAUUGUUUGAGGCUGGAUAAUCUAUAGAACUGCCCUUUUAUAGGGCUUGCUUCGGUGAUAGUUAGCAAAUAAAGAAUAAAAAUGUCUGGUAAAGUAGAUCCCUAUGCAGGAGUGGAUUUUGAGGAGAUCCAGGAGGCGACUUGUCUUGAGGUUGAUGACAUCAAGGUUCUCUUUGGAUGCUUUCAACUGUUUGACACAAAGAAGCAGGAUUAUCUCCUUGCAGACGAAAUUGAUGAAGUCAUGAGGGCCAUGGGGUUCCGUCCAUCAGCUGAAGAAUUGGCUGAGCUUAUAGAGGAGAUUGAUGAAGAUGGUUCUGGUGCUAUAGAGUUUCCUGAAUUUGCUCAGUUAUGUGCUAAAUUCCUUGUUGAAGACCCAGACCCAGAAACCAUGAGAGCUGAACUUAAACAAGCAUUCAGACUAUUUGACAAGGAGUGCACUGGAUUCAUUACGAUGUUGACAUUCCGGAGUAUACUAGCCGAAGUUGACCCUAAGCUAACCGAGGAAGAUCUUGAUCAAAUCAUCUCUGAGAUCGAUGAAGAUGGCAGCGGAACAAUGGACUUUGAGGAGUUUUGUGAACUAAUGAUGGCUACGCCUGAGGAUAAUUAAUAUCCAGCACAAAUGUUUCCAUAAACAUUUUUAUUUUUACGUUUCAAACACAAAAAAAAUUUAAGGAUAAACAAUAGUUCUGUAAUGUUUACAUAAGUUAUGCAAAAUGAGGGAUAAGUUAAUAACCGAGUUGAUAUUAGGGCAGUUAGUUAUCUGAAAAUGUUUAUACUGUAUAUGUCGGCCAUUUUGGCGCUUUUUUUAUGUCUGUGUCUAAAUCUGUGAAAAUAAAUUGUACUUUCCUGAAA